CUCCUCCUCCUCCUCCUCCUCCUCCUACUCGCUUCUUGGAUUGGGUCUGACCUCCUCAUCUAACAACAGAUCACUCUAUUCCCUCUCUAUUCUCCCCUCUUCCUCUUCUCCUUUUUUCCUUUUUCCCUCUCUAUUCUCCUUCAUCCUCUUUUGCUUCACAACCUCUCCGCGUUCCUCCCAAUCAUCCCCGGAAAAGUCGCAUUGAUAUACCGGCCACCUAAUCAUCCUAGGCAUUCCUGCUCGAGACCUCCUCGGGAUAUGCAUGGCUGAUCCAAUGCCACAAUGUCUGUCAUCUCAUGCCUCCUUCUACUAGGUUCUCCAGCUCGCCCAAUCUGCGACCUCUCUCGCAGCCAUUGGAUACGUGCUUGUCCUUCCACCAUUCUUCCAUGUCAAAACCCGAUUCAUGCUCCUAUAAUACCUCCCUCAGACGAUUUGCUUCCAGACGUCCUCGCCUCAAUGCAGCAUCUAUAGCUGACGUGUUCGUCGGUUCCCUGGUGAUUGCUGGUUACUGCCGCGAACACUCGCCUCGUGGCAGAGCAUUUUCGACAUUGCCUCAAAAGUCCUCCCGAGGUAAUAUUCUCAGCUGGCAGGACCGGCGCUCGAGACAGACUGGAAGAAGACCUUCAACACAUCAUUUUGAUAGUCUGACCUCGGCACCCAAACGCCUGCAUCAAUCACGGACACAGCGGAUGUUUAAUUCGGGCGUCGCAUUGAGGGUAAAGGAAAACAAUGACGAAGACUGCCCUUGGUCGAAUAGCUCUUUGCAGGGCCCUUGCGCGCGACCUCAGGGGCCAAAUGUCACGGGUGAACGAUACCUCGCUGCCCACGAGGACCUCAACAGAAGCUCACUGAAGCAACACGAAACCACGCAUACCAAAAAGAGAACAUCGGCAGAGAGCGAGAUCAAUCAACCCGCGCGCAGUGACGCUACUAAGAUCAACACUACGGUCCAAAAAUCGGAUGAGAAACGAGGAUCAAAAAAGUAUAGCUACAAGGGGAGGACUUCACCGACGAAAGCGCUUCACGAGUCCGUGUCGCAUUUCUACAAAACAUUAUUCGACGAUUCACUCGAUUGGGAGCAGGCAGCAGAUCUAGUGGCCAGGACCCAAACAAAGAUGGACUCAUAUUCCACGCCAAUCACGCCAAUCAAGGAGGCCAAGUCGCACGACGCUGAAGAAUCCGAUUCGAUUGCGAGACUGCGGGACGCCAUAUGGGACGAGAGCAAAUCAAAUCAGUACGUUUUCAGACUUUACAGAGACCUUCCUUAUCCGGGAGUUGCCCAUCUCUCGAAAGCUUGUCGCGGUGCUCUGCUGCGUCGGUUUGCAAACCCUGACAAUCGCCGGUGGGUGGAAGCGCGACGAUUCCUCGCGCUGUUAGAUGAUAUGGUUGAUGCCAAGCUCCAGGUGUCCCGCGCUUUAUGGACGUCUGCUAUCCAUCUUGCAGGACGGGCCUCGGGCAAAGUGUUCAAAAGAGACUUAGUAAGGUCGAUAGGUCUCUGGCAGAAGAUGGAGCAUUGGGGCGGAGUUAAGUCAGACGGGGUUGUAUUCACCAUCCUCUUUGAUAUCGCCGUCAAAGCCAGCCAGUUCACCGUGGCGGAUCGGCUCAUGGCGGAAAUGGAAGAGCGAGGACUCCAAUUUGGGCGUACCGGCAAAGUUUCCAGAAUCUAUCGUCAUGGACAACAGCAUGACGUUGACGGCGUCCGGCAAGCAUUUGAUGACUUUACCUCAAGCGGUGAGAUCAUUGACACCGCCGUAAUGAAUUGCCUGAUGGCUUCCUUCAUUUCCGCGGGAGAUGUGAAAGCGGCUGAGGCCAUCUAUGCGCAGAUGAUGAAGAACCAGGCUGCGGGCGCAAGCACUCAUGCCAUCUACGGCAAUUUAUCCACUGACUUCAAGCACUAUCGAGAAAGAUCUAAAAAACUCAAUCGCCUGCUAGAGGUUUCCGCUUCUCUGAAGGACCACCUGCCAGGCCACUAUCGCACUAUUCAAGAAGCAGUGGGCAUCACCCCCGACACCCGCACAUACCGGAUCCUGCUGUCCUUGUACGCCCACAAAACAGGCGACAUUGAAGCGUUGAUGUCUGUUAUCGCUGAUAUGGAGAAGGCUUUUGCAGUACCACCGCGCGGACUAAUAUACUUGUUUCUCUUCGAAGGGUUUGCUCAUCAUGGGCGGCGCAGAGAGGGCUGGACGGCGGACAGACUGCGAGUGGCGUGGAAGACGUAUUUGCGAGCCCUUUACGAAUCCAAGUCGCGGGCAGAACAAGAGCGUCACCCGCAUUCUGGAAAGAAAAGCCCUACAUGGGAGAACCCAUUGCUCGACUCUUAUGUCCCCCUCGCACAACCCCCGGUUCCGCCCGCGCCAACCGGGUUGUACACCCCUCUCCCAUUGAUAAAAACACGCGCCAACGUACGAGAGCCUUCUGCUGAGGAGGGCAUGCAUACGGAAACCAAUGAUAUUGGCGAGCCUAGUGGGGGUAUCAAUAAGCAAAUCCACGAGGCGCUCGACGCCGGAUUUCCGGAGGAGGAAUUAGAGCGUCAAAUCGAAAACGGGGUGUUUCUUGGUCGUCGCAUGAUAGUGCUCAUCCUGCGCGGAUUUGGGCGUUGCUGCGGACCGCGGGAAACGAUGGAAGUAUGGCUCCAGAUGGAACGCCUCUGGCAGCCCUGGAAGCGCAGGGCGCAGGAUGUCAUGGCUGUCAAGGAGGAACUGGAGAAGCAGAUGCAGAACGUCCGGUGGCGUUAGAUUGAUCUGUUGGUUCCUUUCGCUUAUGUAUCUGUUCACUCACCGUGGUGGUGGGCUGUGGCUUGGGGUGCUUUGUAUAUUAUUAUUAUUAUUAUAUAGACCUGAUAGAUAGAUAUACCCUCAGGUGUAAAACUGGUUGCGA